GCUGUACAGUCUUUAUUGGUUUUUAUUUUAUCUCAUAAGAAUAAAAACAAAACGGAGGUUUAUGAACGAUGGUCCCCUAAUGUCAUUGUCAUGUUGACACUUCUUGUUCUUGUUUUUUUUACGAGUUUUUAGUAAAGUUGUUAUUGUUAUGUUUUAUGUUUAUUUCAUGUUUUAAAGUUUUAAGUACAAUACCUAAUGAUAUCAUGAGUGCUCUUACUUUGACUAAGUUUCCGUGUGAUAAUGAGAUGGCAGCUCCUCGCUACUCAGCUGUUAACUGGGAUGAUAUUCCAACAGAAAUCUUUAUCUACAUUUUUAAGAAACUGAAUAUUACAUCUCUAAGGUGCUGUUUUGCAGUCAGCAGGAAAUGGAGAGAAAUUGCAAUGUGUGUUUGCGAUACACAAGACUUGUGGCAGCCAUUGGUAGAACACGGAAUGGUGUGGAACCUGAAGUCCACUCUUAGCUGGAAAGAGUUGUACUUUAAUUCAUCCUUAUGGACUAAAUUGCCUUCAGCUGUUCCUCUCAAACUUCAUCAAGUGGAAAAGUCAAACAUCAGAAAUAUACAUGUCUACAGGGGUACUAUACUCGGCUUCUUUAUUUAGAAUAAACUUAAGUACACAUUUAAAAUAGACUAAAAAAACAACUCUUCCAUAAUUUCACUUAAUGCAGAUAAAGUAAUAGUGGUGGACUCAAAUGGUUAUGAAUAUUAUGAUAUUGAAAGUUUACAAGUAAUUAGAACCAUUAUAGAACAGGAUUGUGUUGAUGUACAAGAAUCAGAUGACAUGUUGAUGGUAGUCACUGAAACUGAUGAUAGCUAUAACAAAGUGGCCAUAUUCCUGAAGUUGGACAAAGAUUGGGACAUGAGUAAAAAUGUUUCCAUUCCUGCGAUGGAGCUUGGGCGCGGAGGUAUACAUUCCUUUUUUGGGUGUUUGUGUUGGAGAUUGGCCGGAAACCGUGCAUAUGUUAUUGAUGCAAGUGGUGUUCUUUGGGAAUGCUGUGCUAUAGAUAGGGACCUGACAGUUACAGCAUCAGCAAAAUAUUAUGGACUAUUCCCUAGAACAGCAAACUCGCCAAUUCAUCUCACCAGCGGAGAUGUAUAUGUUUCGAUAAACUGUGGUAACUUAGUAACUGUCACUAAAGACAAUAUGAUGUUCAGAAAAGUUAAGAUGACAGAAAUACCUACAAAAGUGAUCGAAAAUUUCAAAAAGACGAAAACGCCGUGCAGAGAAGGCUUCAACACUUUCAACGCGUUUAUAAAAUUUCCUUUGGACACAGAAUUUGUCGACAGAAGUGUAGCACCCCUCAACAUGAUACAUUACCACUAUGUCGAUCCGGAUAUGACCUGCGCCCUGCAGCUUGGAGAUGUGGUAUUUCAAGGAUUCGUAGACGGAGAGAUAAAAAUAACGUUGUUAAGGAAUUAUUUUAAAUUAAACUUGAACGUAAAGCAAUUUGACCAGGAUGAAGUGAGCGAUUGCGCUGUGACCGCACUGGAUAUAUACGAGAUGAAAGGCAUGCACAAGCUGAUGGUUGCCACCAAACAUAAACUGUACGCCAUACUCCUCAAGUAUACGGAAUUACGGACGUCAGACUGGAUGGAGAGUUGAGAGUUGAACAAAUAACAUAACCGGAACUUGGUAAGCUCGAAGUUUCCCUUUCUAUAACAUGCUCCGUAUGUCAAAGAUGGUCAACCAAAUUUUGACACUAAAAAAGGCGCGAAAUUCAUAUUCAACCGCCGCCCCUAAAUAUCCAAUAUUUUUUAUGUCUUAUGGCUCGUUGAUAAUUCCGCCAACGCCAAGGUUUAGGAAGGGACGCGUUUUUGAAGACAAUUGGCCAGUGAGCCCUACAUUUUUCAAAUUUGCCGCCUUUUUUAGUUACUACAUAAACAUGUAUUAUAUUCCUGUUAUCUAACGAAGUAGUUUAAAAUUUGUUAAAAAUAUAUAAUUAUUGGUAGGUACCUGAUAAAAUAAUUAGUAAGACUAAAUAUUGGCAAAAACUUUUUUACCUGUGAUAUUACGUAUAUAUGAUCAAUUUUAGAGAGAAAAAUGAAAUGUGUAAUUAAUUAAACACGUGAAGAUGCUAUGACUAAAAUCACGUUCAAUUAAGUUUUUUACUAUUGUCACUUUGCAAACUAAGAUCAUAUACAUCAGAAUGAUAAUAAACUUAAUAUAUGAAGGUAAAUACUGACUAGUUUAAAUUCAAAGUGUAGAGCACCUAAAUAGGUUGAAAAAUUAAAUAUUGACCAACAGAAAUCUGGCCAGAACAUUUAUGAACCUUAUUUAAAUUAAAUUAACUAUUAAACAAUGCUCUUCUAUUUUCAAUAUAAUGGUUUGUGUAAACAUUGAUGACUUAAACCAAUACUGGAGCUUUUACCGCAUAUUAUUCCAAAUAAUUAAUAGUAUGUCAGUUAUACAUGUUAUUAGACUUUAAAUUUUACCAAACUGUUGUAUAUUAGAACCAGAUUUGUUGGUAACCCUACUAACCCAAGAGACAUUUUGAGUAACGCAAGAGCCUCAAAACAAAAGUGUUUUAAAAAAAGUUGAUUCGCCCACGUAGUUCGUAAGUGCUCUAAAAUAAUUUUAAGUAUAUUUGACGUUUCUAAACAAAGGCGCAAGAAUAAAUAAAAAACUCCGAUAGCUAAAGACGAAUAAAAAUGUAUUUAACAAACAAUGUAAGUUGUACAACAGGACAGAAAUGUAUAAUAAAUAUUUCAGAUACAACAAAACAAAUAAAUCGGUAUUUGAAAACGUGUAUCUUCUAGCAAUGAAGAGCUAUACCUAUCAUUGUUUUAAAAAAAAAUAUUGGGGUAAAUACUGCCUUUGACUGAAUUGAUUGCAUCUUUGAUAGUUGCAGUAUCUCGUCGUUGCUAUCCGUCUUACAUGUUUUAAUUUACAAGCCGUAAUAUAAUUAAAAAUAAAAAUGUAGCUAAGUAUAAGUAUGUAUCCUGUGUACAUCUAUUGACUUAAAAUCUAUAUUCUACGCGUGUACCAGACACUUGACUUACAAAUAAGUAAUAAGCUACGUACGUAUGUUGUACAUGUCGACUGAGCAUUAAUUACAUUUUUUUGUUAUUUAAUAGUAUUUUUUAAUGUACACACAUAUAAAUAAAUAUAUUAUAAACAUGACAAUCUUUAAUAUUUUUUUAAUUAAUCGUAGGCAAGAGACCUUGUAGUGUGGGCAAUUCUUAAAAGAUAAAACGAUAUUGUACAGGAUAUGUAGUUAUCAAUAAUUAACUAAAAUUUUCUUUUUAGAACACAUAAUACCUACACAUACAAAAGUCACCUAAUAGUGUAUUAGGAACGCUGACUGAAUAACUACGCAUUUAUGACAAUUAUGACUAAAACAAGACUAGCUAUUCACUUUUAAUAGCAAUUAAAUACCAGCUGCCCUCAACUUAUUUUUAACUCAAGGACGACAAUCCUGAUAUUUUCGAUUACGAAAUUGUUUCUCUCUAAAAAGCAGUGCUCGGUAAAUAGCAGUUACCUACCUACCAACUUGGUAUUUUCCUAUAUUUUGUAGUUUCGAAUUAUCUCAAUAGAAGUGAUUCUCAGAAGUCACUUCAUCAAAAUUUAUUCUAAAUUAAUUAUUUUCGACCAUGUUAAGCUAUAUUUUCCUUUAUUAAUAGCUACAAUUAUCGACUUCGAAUCAAUCGUUUAUGAAACGCUGAGAACUAUCAAAUUCACCUCGUCAAUCUGACGUCUUUCUAACUCAGGAACCAUUACGUUUCGACACU